AUGGCGGAUUAUGAGAGAGGUGCUGAGAGGGGAGGAGAGAAUAGAGGAGGGUAUCAGGGAGAUAGAGGAGAAGGGGGAAAUAGAGGAGGGGAUCGUGGGUAUGGUAAUGGGGAGAGGGAGGAGAGAGGUGGGAGAGGUGGUGGGUAUAGAGGGAGAUAUAAUGGGGGUGGUGGAAGAGGUGGUGGUGGUAGGAAGAGGUAUAGAGAUGAAGAUGAUUACGAUCGACGACCUCAAAGACGUCGCUACGAAGAACCACUCAUCGUCAAAGUUCGCAAACAACUUCUUUCUAUCGCCGAAUCACCUCUCAAGCGCGUCGAAACGGAAGUAGCCGAAAUAGCCAAAACUGUUUGCGACAACUACGAUGAUGUCGAAUUGCGUGAUUCAUUCUAUGAUUUGUCGCUGCAAUUGGUCGUAGAACAACCUUUCAAGAUCCCCUUCGUCGCUGCAGUGGUUAUGGUAUUGAAUACUUUGAAAGAGGAGAUGGUUAUGGAAUUGUUGGAACGAGCUGUAAAGGGCCUGAACAAAUCGAUCAUCAAGGGCGAUUGGAGACAGGUCAAGUUAUAUAUGAAGUUCUUGGGAAGCUUGCAGGGUUUAUUGGAGGGUGAUGGUGUUUUCACUAUUCUACAGGAUUUCUUAACCAAGGCCCUGGAUUUGCAGACGGAGAACAAUGAAGAGACUAUCGGCCCUGAAUUGGUCAAGAUUAUCCUUCUUACUAUUCCAUAUAUCAUGGCAUCUUCAGCGACAGAUGCUCAUGAGAAAGCUGCAGCUAUGAUUGAGAACACUGAUAUCAUUGCUUCUGAACCACAUGUUUUACAAGCUUUGGUUGAUCCAUAUCCAGGAGAUGCCAAAGAUGAUACCAUUGCACCAGUUGGUGUUUUGAGUCUUUUGCAAAAGCAAUUGCAAGCUGAAUCGCAAAAUGGAUGGGAACUCUUCUGUUUACCAAGACCGUGGAAGAUGAUUGAGCCAGAACAACAAGAAGCUUUGGCUUCCGCUUCAAGACAUACAUUGCCAACAAUUACUCUCCCUGAGGUUGUCAAUGCUGGACCAAGACCUCUGUUUCCUGAGCUUUACUUUUCGGUUUACGCCAAUCAGGAUGUGGAGACUGUACCACCUAUCACGGAUAUUUCAUCAUGUCUGUUGAGAGAUGCUUUGGUUGAUACGAUCAACAUCUUGGAUUACAACAGAAAUGCUACUGCCAAAUUCUUGAUCGAUAUCGAUUGUUACUUUGCUCCUGACACUUUUGUCAAGAGAGCUACACCAUUCGACAGACUUCGAGAUGUCGAGGGAGAUAGAUCAACAUGGAAACCUGAGGAUGUUGCAGUCGAUGCAGUCUUUUCUCAGCUAUUCCAACUUCCAGUUCCGGAACACAAACUUGUUUAUUACCAUGCAGUCUUGACGGAAUCUUGCAAGAUUGCACCAGCUGCUAUCGCGCCAUCUCUUGGUCGUGCGAUCCGUUUCUUGUAUAGAAAUGUGGAUUCGAUGGAUCUAGAAUUGAGCAGUAGAUUUAUGGAUUGGUUCUCACAUCAUUUGAGUAACUUUGGUUUCACUUGGAAGUGGACUGAAUGGAUUGAUGAUGUGGAACUCUCGGAUUUGGACCCAAAGAAGGCUUUUAUUAUCGGUUCUUUGGAUAAGGAGAUUCGAUUGAGUUUUGCUCAGAGAAUCAAGGGCACUUUACCACCUCCAUACCAACAGUUGAUCACAGAGGAGAAGGAAAAGGAUACGCCUGAUUUUAAGUUUGAUGAUCCAAGCACACCAUUUAGCGCCGAAGGACAGGAAAUCCUCGCACUUCUCCGCAAAAAGGCAACAGAAGAGGAGAUUCAACCAGUAGUCGAUCGAAUUCACGCUUUGGCAGUUGAACAAGCACUUCCAGAUCCUCUCGUUCCAUCUACAGAUGCAUACGUAACAUCAAUCUGCUACAUCGGAUCCAAAUCUCUCAGUCACGUUCUCUCUUGCAUUGAACGUUGCAAAGAUCGCCUUCUAGCCAUUGGACCCGUCUCCCCAGUCGCUAGACGCCAAAUCAUCACUUCGGUUAUGCAAUAUUGGAAGGAUCAACCAGGUAUCGGUGUUAAUAUCAUUGACAAACUUUUGAACUAUACAAUUCUCAGCCCGCAAAGUGUGGUGCAAUGGGCGAUUGGUAGUGAGGGCAAAAGACUCAGUCAGAGUUUCGUGUACGAGAUGGUUGAAGCUACGGUUGGAAAAGUUACUGGACGUAUUCGUCAAGUCCAGCUCAGUCUUCGUGUUCCGGGAUUAUUAGAGGAACAGAAACAAUUGAUUGAGAAAACCGUCGAGAUGGAGAGAAUCAACAUGAGAGAAUUGGGAAGGGAGAUGGAUGAGCUUUUGACGGCGUGGGCGAACGGAUCCAAGGACCAGGAAAUCGAAAUGGAUGGAAGGGAAGAAGAUCGGGAGUUGGUCAGGGGAUGGGGAGAGAGAUGGUUGAGAGUUUUUAGAAGAAAAUUCGCGGUUGAGGAGGCUUGGGGCGUAGAGGCUAGUAGGUGGGUGGCGCCUCCCGAACCGGAGGUCGAGGAGGUGCAGGAGGUUGUGGUGGGAGAGGUUAAGGCGGUGCAGAAUCCCGAGGAAAUGAAAAUUGAUGGGGAUGUGGAGGUUGCUGCUGAGGCGGCGGAUUAUGAGGGAAUUAAUUAG